AUGGAGCUGAAAGAUGUUGCAAAGGCACACAUACAUGCUUACAAUGCAAUGUUUGAGGAUCACAUUCUGGAGAGCGUUGUUGCAAACAUCCCACCGAUGGUUAUAGGACGGGCAAAAUUGAUUGUUGACGAGAUACAUGUGCAGAAGCCAAUGCUGAGCGAUAAAGAGCACAUAUCGAUUGACAGGCGCCUGCUUCCCAGAGAGUGUCGAGAAAGGAACUUGACUUAUAAUGGGCGACUUACAGUGAGGAUGUCUCUGUACUACGACAACAGACAUGUUGUGACUGAAAACAAAGCUGCAGGUUGCAUUCCAAUUAUGGUGAGGUCACUACUGUGCCACCUAGAUAGCAUUCAUGAUAAGAGCAGUGUUGGAGAAGACAGAGACGAGAUAGGAGGAUAUUUCAUUGUGAAUGGAGUUGAUAGGCUUGUGAGAUUCAACACACUGCAGAAGAGGAAUUAUGCGUUUGCAUACAUAAGGACACCUAAAGAAAAUUAUAUGACAAAGCAUAUGAUAUCAAUAAGAUGUGUGGGAAGCGAUGAGAUUGGGCAGAUGAAUAUGCUGCACUACUGCAUGAAUGGAAAUGUAAUCAUGAAGAUUUUCUACAUGAGAAAGAGUUAUUUGAUUCCUGUAGUUUUGAUUCUGAAGGCACUUGUUAACACCAAUGAUGAAGAGAUAUUUGAUGUGCUUGGCGGAUGCCAACGAGCAAUUCAACUGAUCAAAUGCUUUGCAGAGUACAAUGUUUUUUCAAAGUCUGAGUGCAUGGACUACAUUGGAUCGAGAUUGAUGAUCAUGACAAAUUCAAAAACAAAGAUGGAAGCUGCAGGAGAGGUUCUGAGCAGAUGUGUAGCCACUCAUCUUACAUCUAGUGCAGAUAAGUUCAACUUUCUGGUGCUUGCAAUCAAGAAGCUUUUUCUUUUUGUUGAUGGAAAGGUUAAAGAAGAUGAUCCUGACCAUUCAAGCAACCACGAGCUGCUUACAGAAACACAAAUAUUCUCGACGCUUCUACGAGAUAAGAUUGAUGAAUCAUUAAGACUCUUGCGUUUGACAUGUCUAAAGCCACUGAGGAGCCUAAGAAGACAGGAAGCGAGCAAAAGCGGAUCUGAAGGCUUAUCAACAGAUGAGGAUGAUGACGAGAACAAUCUUGACAUUACAAGUGUAAGAGAUACAUUCAAGAAAUUCAGACUUUCAAUUGGAGAGAAGCUCGAGCUAUUUUUAUCUACUGGUAAUAUAACACAGGUUGUCUCAUCGGAUAUCACAAAUGCAUCGGGUCUUUCUAUAGUUGCAGACCGAAUUAAUUUCUAUAGAUUUAUUGCACACUUCAGGGGAAUAAGUAGAGGAGCAUAUUUUGAGACUGCAAAGAUAACCAAGACCAGGAAGCUACGACCUGAAACUUGGGGCUUUAUUUGUCCUGUACAUACGCCUGACGGAUCCCCCUGCGGCAUUUUGACGCAUUUGUCAAAGUAUGCAGAAGUGAUUGGGCUUCUUGAAGAGUUUGAUGAGAAUGUACUUUUUGAACUUGGAGUUGUUCCACUGGUACGCGGAUGGCAUACGGGAGUUCCUGUGGUUGUUGAUGGAAAGGUGGUUGGAUUUACAAAAAUGCCACGGGUUCUAGCGAAUGCACUUCGAGAAUACAGAUGCAAGAAUGCACUCAGGAUUGAGAUAGUGCAUCAACACGGAGUAGGAGUCUUUGAGACAGUGAAUGUGUUUGUAACACGUGGUAGACUUACAAGGAAAGUUUUGAACAGGAAGGAACAAAAGCAUGAAUGGAUUGGAAUCAUGGAGCAGAUAUUUUUAGACAUAGAUCUUACAGAGAAGAGAAAUUACAAGCAUGGAUAUUGCGAAAUAGACAAUACGAAUAUCUUAGGAAUAGUUGCAGGUCUUAUUCCGUACUCUGACUAUAACCAGAGUCCAAGGAACAUGUAUCAAUGCCAGAUGGCAAAGCAAACUAUGGGGACGCCUGGGCACAAUAUGAGCACAAGAACAGAUGUGAAGCUGUAUUCUGUAAAUUACUUGCAAUCACCUAUAGUACAGACUGAAGGUUAUGGAUUAUUGAAGGACUAUCCGAUGGGGCUGAACUGCAUGGUUGCCGUGCUUUCUUACACUGCCUAUGACAUGGAAGAUGCAGUUGUAAUAAACAAGGGAAGCCUGGACAGGGGAUUAUUUACUGGAUAUGUGUACAAGAAUGAAAAGGUUGUUUUGAAGAAAGGAUGCCACUUUACUUUCCUGCCGUUCCGUGGACAGAUGAUGAAGAUAAAUGAUGUACUGUACAAGUACAUUGAUGACGAUGGCAAGGAGUAUACUGUUAAGUACCAUGGAGGAGACGAGGGGAUGAUUGAUACAGUAAGAGUGUUUCAGAAUGACCUGCAUAAGUGUGCGACGUUUACUAUACGGGUGAUUAGGAAUCCAACGAUUGGAGAUAAAUUCUGCUCAAGACAUGGGCAGAAGGGGGUGUGCUCGGUGCAUUGGCCGUCUUCAGAUAUGCCUUUUACUGAAUCUGGAUAUGCGCCUGAUAUUAUUAUUAAUCCUCAUGCGUUUCCAAGCAGGAUGACUAUAGGAAUGCUGGUAGAGUCGAUUGCAGGGAAGGUAGGAUGUCUUGAAGGAAAGGUGCAGGAUGGAACGCCGUUUAAGAAGAAGAGUGUUUUAUAUGAGGAUACAGAUAAGGAGAUUGUAUCUGAUGCAGAAGAAAGAAAGAAGAUUCUUUGUGAGGAGCUUGCGAAGCAUGGAUUCAACUACUAUGGAAAUGAGCCGAUGUACAGUGGGGUUUCUGGGAAUGAAUUCCGUGUGGAUGUGUUUGUGGGGGUGGUGUUUUACCAGAGACUGAGGCACAUGGUUGGAGAUAAAUUCCAGGUGCGCACGAGCGGAGCUGUAGUGUCUACAACCAAACAGCCUGUUGGAGGAAGAAAGCGUCAUGGUGGAGUUAGAUUUGGAGAGAUGGAACGAGAUGCUUUGAUUGCACAUGGAUCUGCAUACAUGCUGAAUGAUAGACUGAUGAAGUGCAGUGAUGCAACCAAGUUUGAUUAUUGCGCGCAGUGUAAGAGCAUUCUAUUCACCAAUAAUGGAGAAUGUAGAUGUGGCAAUAAGAUACUGCGAGUUGUUGAGAUGCCUUAUGUAUUUAAGUAUCUGUGUAGUGAGCUUCUUGCAAUGAACAUAAAGCUUAGCAUUAAUUUUUGA